AUGAAGAAUGAUAAAAAAAAAAUAGAUGAGUUGACCGUUGUUGUGGUGGAAGAGGAAAAAAAAGAAGAAAAGAAGUAUAAUGAAGAAGAUAAGAGACAAGAAAAAGGUGGAAAAGUAGCAGCUGCAGAAGUAGAAGAAGAAACGACAACAGAUGAACAAGAAGAUGACAAAGAAGAAGUUGAGAAAAAAGCAACAGGUGAACAAAAAGAAAAAGCUAAGGAAGAAACAACUGCUGCAAAUGAAGAAAAAGAAGAAGGUGUGGAAGAAAAGGAAACUGAAGAAACAUCAUCUGUCGCAUAUGCUAAAAAAGAAGGAGAAGAAGGUGAGAAUGAAGAAACAAUUGCAACUAUUGAGAAAAAAAAAGCUGAAGCUAACCAAAAAGAUGUGGUCAUGAAUAUUGUUGAUAAAAUCAACAGUAACACUUGUGUUGACGAGGAACUUAGGAAAAAUAAUAUUUGA